CGAUUCUUUCCCGCAGGAGGAAAAACGCACCCUCACUUUAGUUCAGGUCACAGCGCGGUUCUGUGCGCGUGUCUGCUGACAAAGGCAAAGCAGUUCCACAAACAGUGCUGCUACGUUUAAAAGUUACGGAGUGUGUGUGGAAACUUGCUUGUGACUGUUCGUGUGUGUGGGUUUUAGGUGAGCGUGUUCCGUUCCUAGUCUUGUUUUCGGGGCGUGGAGAAGCGACAAACACUCGCACACGCGUACGUGCACAGCCAAAGCCGCGGAUCCACUUUAUUGUGAAAGAUUCGUGGGAACAGUAUCUGCUACGGCGAAACUUCAGCCACUUCAGCUUCGUUUCGACUUGUUUUAUUCCAACCAGGAUGUAAAACCAAUUCAGAAACUUUUUUUCCUUCUUCCCCCUUCGACACAAGAUCGACGGGUUUCAUUUCUUCAACUCUACAUAUUUGAGGAAUAUCGCCGGGAGAAGGACUACAGUGCGUGAGGAGUGUGUGUGUGUGCACACCCAUUCAGAGAUUUAGAAGUUUGAUGUCCACACACAGUGGCGGAGCAGGAAACUGAGCAGGUAUCAUGAAGCCUUGGUGGGUGUGGCAGUUAGCGCUGCUCACUUUGUUGGGUGUUUGCUUUGGCCCCUCCCACUGUAAGAACCAGGAGUUCCUGUCCAACACUCUGAUCAACAACGUGGUGUCUGAUCCUGCCACGGGCCGACUAUACGUCGGCGCCGUUAACACCCUCCACCAGCUGAGCUCGGACUUGAAGGAAGAGUCCCGGGCCGAGACGGGGCCGAGGCGGGACAACCGUCAGUGCACGCCGCCCAUCACCGACGCCUGCGAGGAAGCGGCGGACACGGACAACCACAACAAGCUGCUGCUGGUCCACGGGGCCAAAAAUGUUCUGGUGGUGUGUGGCAGCGUCUUCAGAGGGAUGUGUUCACUGAGGAACCUGAGCAGUGUGGAGCAGCUGCUCUACUUCUGUGACACCAAAGGAGAGAAGUCCUACGUGACCAGCGCUGAGGAGGGGGUGUCUGUGGUCGGAGUCAUGUCCUACUUCAUCAAGGACGGACAGAACUUCAGUGUCUUCCUGGUAGGAAAAGGCUACGGCAGCCAUGACAGCACCAAACUGAUCUCCACCCGUAUCCUUGAGGGAUACGGAGACUGGGUGGUCUUUGACAGCAUCGUGGAGGCCUCAGCAGUUCAGGCCAACCCCUUCGUGCUGCGCUACCUUCACGAUUUCCGCUUUGCCUUCAAAGACGGCAUCUUCGUCUACUUCCUGUUUUCGCGGACUCUUGGGGUGCAGGACACCAAGAAUUUCACCUUCAUCUCCAGGAUGUGCGAGGAGGACCAGAACUACUUCUCCUACACAGAGCUACAGCUGAACUGCAGCACCGGCAACAAGUACAACAAAGUUCAGGCAGCUUACGUCGCAGAACCAGGAAAGGUUCUGGCUGAGUCCAUGACCAAAUCGCGAGAGAACGAAACAGUUCAUGCCAACGAUAGAGUGCUGUUUGUCAUCUUUACCUCUGAUGAGAACCCAUCAACUUCAGCCAUGUGUAUGUAUCCUCUCACAGCCAUUAACAGAAGGUUGGUUCAAAUCAUCGGAGCCUGUUACAGUGACAACGGUUUAAUUGAUGGGAAAUCGGCAGUUUACUCGCCAUAUUCAUCCAAAUCAGAAGAGCUGUGUAGCAACAGCAACAAUCAAAACAUGGCCACCAUGUACAGCUGUGGAGCAGAGUUCCUGCCUUCUCCACUGGCCAGUAAGGCUGAGUUUGCCCUGACGUCUAAGCCCUCCUUCACCCGGAAGGGUCACAUGACUGCUGUGGCCGUAGCCAGAGAGAUGGAUCACGCUGUGGCGUUUGUGGGCACUUCUAGCGGAGAGGUUCUGAAGGUCCACCUGUCUGAUCACCCUGAGUUUUAUGGUCGAGCGCCGGUCGAUGUCACUGGAGACAAAGUCAACAAGAACCUCCUGCUUGACACCAGUCUCCAACACCUGUACAUCACCACAGAUAAAAAGAUCACCAAAGUCCCCGUCCAGGCCUGUCACCUGAAGACAGACUGUCACUCCUGCGUCUCCAUGAAGGAUCCAUACUGUGGCUGGUGUGUCCUGGAGGGAAAGUGCAGCCGGAAGAAGGAGUGCAGGAGGUCAGCAGAGGUCAACACAUGGCUGUGGUCACCUGAGCAGCAGUGUGUACAGAUUCAGGCUUUCGUCCCUCCGAACCUCAGCUGCAGAAAGACACAGCAGGUGGACAUCAGUGUCCCCAGGCUCCCCACACUCAGGUCGUCCGACACGCUCCGCUGUGUCUUCGGCUCUCACGUCAGCGACGCCGUGAUCAGGAUGGAUGACCCCACACAGGUCACGUGUUCAUUGCCCAAUCCUGGAGAGAUCCCGCCCCCCCUUGAGCAGCAGGAUUACGUGUCUGUUCCUGUCAAGAUUCUGGUAAAUGAAGAAAUACAGGUGACGUCAGGAGAAUAUCACUUCUACAACUGUGCUGCCACAGUCAGGAAGAACCCGAACACACCGUGUAUCUCAUGUGUGACCAGUGAAUGGGGCUGCCAGUGGAACGCCCAGGAUCACAGCUGCAGUGACAGGGACGACAGUGUUCAUAGAGAUCACAUUAUCAAGCCUCAGCAGCCUGAUCGUUGUCCGCAGUUCGAGUUCCCUGAGCAGCAGCUGAUUCCGGUCGGUUUCCAGAUUCCCAUCAGUUUCCAGGGAAGAAACCUGAAUAUUUACUCGGGUCACACAUUCACCAUUGGAACAGAACUGAUGGAGACAGAUGUAGAGGUCACACAGAAGGAUGGGUCGGCGUUCAGUUUCCCAGGUUAUCAGUUUCUCUAUGACAAAGAGCAGGAAGUUAACGUGUCGUUUCACGUCAAAGACCGGGACACAGACAGGAAGAUUGACAGCACACUUACGAUGGUCUUGUAUAACUGCUCAGUGAACAGAGGCGACUGCAGUUUGUGUAGAAGCUCAGAUGUGAAGUAUCAGUGUGUCUGGUGUUCGUCCUUCAGCUCCUGUGUUUACAAGAAACUGUGUCCAUCACCUGAGGACACCCAGUGUCCAGACCCUGAGAUCACUGACAUUAUUCCUCGCUUUGGUCCGUUAAAUGGACGGAUUUCCAUCACCAUUAAAGGCUCCAACAUGGGGAUUACGAAGAAGGAUGUGAAACAGAUCACCGUAGCUGGAGUGGACUGUGUCCACCAGGAGGACAAAUACUCCGUCUCCACCAGUGUUGUGUGUGAGAUCGGGCCAGCGAGAGCAGUUCCUCCCUUCGACUUGCCAGUGGAUCCGCCCAACACUGGACCAGUGGUGAUUAAAUUGGAAGGAGGAAGAGAAGGCACAUCUAAGGUCGUCUUCACUUACAGGGAUCCAAAACCCGAGUCUGUCGAGCCUCUAAGAGGUCCAGCGGCAGGGGGGCUAAAACAAAAAAAAAAUCUUUUGAAAUUCACACUGAAAAAAGGCCGUUUUUUUUUUUUUAACCUGCUGUGUUUUGUGUUCAGUGGCGGUCGAACGAUUAUGGUGCAAGGAAGUGGUUUUGAUCUGAUCCAAAGAGCCAGCAUCAAAGUGCUCCCUUUAUCAGACGAGUUUUCAGAGGCCACUGAUUCUGAUGAGUUUGUGCAGGAGUCUUUGAGCAAGAACGACACCAUGCUGCAGUUCUACUCGCCGCCAGUCAACAGCACCAUGGACACUCAGUCCCUGAGGACCGUGGUGCAGCUGGACAACGUCAUGGAGGAGCUGAAGAACUUCGACUACCACCCUGACCCCGUCUUCAAUAAACUGGCCAAUAACAAAAUCACAGAGACCAGUGUCAUCAUUGUGACGGGCCGAGGUUUUUCCAAGGCCACGACGGCCAAAGAGGCGAAGGCGUUUGUUGGUGACGCUUCCUGCACCGUGAACAUACUGCAGGACGACAAGUUGAUUCUGGAUGCACCAUCGUCGAAGCCCAGCGCUCGAUCCAAACGGCAGCGUAGAGACACCAACAACAACCCGCUAGAUCUUGUGGUGAAGUUCGGUCACGGUGAGUGGUUGGUGGAUUCAGUUUACUACGAGCCAAAGUUUUCGGAUAUUCCUCUGCACAUCAUCAUCCCCGCCGUCGUCGUACCGAUGCUGCUCUUCAUCGCUCUGUCCAUCUACUGCUACAGGAGGAAGAGUCAACAGGCUGAGCGAGAGUAUGAGAAGGUCAAACAUCAGCUGGAGAAUCUGGAGGAAAGUGUCAGAGAUCGAUGCAAGAAAGAAUUCACAGACCUGAUGAUAGAGAUGGAGGACGCCACCAAUGACCUGAGCGAGGCCAGGAUCCCUUUUCUGGACUAUCAGACCUACACUGACAGGAAUUUCUUCCUGCCCUCCAAAGACGGCACCAACGACACCAUGAUCACAGGGAAAGUCGAGAUCCCAGAAGGUCGCAAAGCCAUCGUGGCCCAGGCUCUGAAUCAGUUCUCCAACUUGCUCAACAGCAAGACUUUCCUCAUCAAUUUCAUCCACACUCUGGAGAGUCGCCCCGACUUCAAUAAUCGCUCCAGGGGUUAUUUUGCCUCUCUCCUGACGGUGGCGCUGCAUGGAAAGCUGGAGUACUACACCGACAUCAUGAGGACGCUGUUGCUGGAGCUGAUGGACGAACACGUGCAGAGCAAGAACCCGAAACUGAUGCUGAGAAGGUCAGAGACGGUGGUAGAGAGGAUGUUGUGUAACUGGAUGUCCAUCUGUCUCUAUCAGUUCCUUAAGGAUACUGCUGGAGAGCCUCUGUAUAAACUCUUCAAAGCUCUGAAGCACCAGGUGGAAAAGGGUCCGGUGGACGCCAAACUGAAAAAAGCCAAAUACACUCUGAACGACACUGGACUCCUGGGAGAUGAUGUGGAAUAUACUGUCCUGACACUGCAAGUCUUGGUUCAUGGUGAAGGUCAAGAUGUGACUCCAGUCAAAGUGUUGAACUGUGACACCAUCACUCAGGUCAGUCUGACUGACGAUGUUGAUGACGAUGAUGUUUGUUUGUUGUGUAGUUGGGUCAUCGAUCAGGUUUAUAGAAACCUACCAUACUCACAGAGACCAAAGGUGGAGACUGUUGCACUGGAGUGGCGCCCUGGCUCCACAGGUCAGAUCUUGUCUGACCUGGAUCUGACAUCACAGAAGGAAGGACGAUGGAAAAGAUUGAACACGCUGGCUCAUUAUAAUGUUCGAGACAACGCCACCUUGGUCCUCUCCAGAGUAUUGCACACACAAUCAUUUCACCAACACCAGGACAGUCAUGAAGAGAGAAGUGCUCUCCUGGAGGACGACAACACUUUCCACAUGGUCCGGCCUACGGAUGAGAUGGACGAAGUAAGUAAGUCCAAGAGAGGCAGCAUGAAGGACAAGGCCAUGACCAAAGCCAUCACAGAGAUUUACCUGACCAGACUGCUCGCUGUCAAGGGCACAUUGCAGCAAUUUGUGGACGACUUCUUCCGCUGCGUGUUGUGUUCAAGCUCCGUCGUUCCUCCUGCCGUGAAAUAUUUCUUUGACUUUUUGGACGAACAAGCGCUCAGGCAUGACAACGUGGACGAGGAGACGUUGCACAUCUGGAAGACAAAUAGUCUGCUGAUGCGUUUCUGGGUGAACAUCCUGAGGAACCCACACUUCAUCUUCGACAUCCACGCCACUGAGGUGGUGGACGCUUCACUGCACGUCCUCUCGCAAACGUUCAUGGACGCCUGCACCAAAACAGAGCACAAACUCAGCAGAGAAUCUCCCAGCAACAAACUGCUCUACGCAAAAGAGAUUUCCACUUAUAAGAAGAUGGUGGACGACUAUUUAAGUGGAAUCCGACAGAUGGUUUCCGUCAGCGAUCAGGACAUGAAUACGCACCUCGCUGAGGUUUCAAGGCAACACACAGAAAAGCUGAACACUCAGGUGGCCUUACAUCAGCUCUACCAGUACGCCAGCAAGUACUACGAUGUGAUCAUCCAGUCGCUGGACGAAGACCCAGCAGCUCAAAACAAACAGCUGACCCUUCGGCUCCAACAGAUUGCUGCUGCCCUGGAGAACAAGGUCACUGACCUUUGACACCUAACUUGAAGGAGGGUGCUGCAGUCACGGGGAGAAGGAGGAGCUUAUUUUGCCACAAAUCACAGGACUUUGUUGUUACAAAACUCAAAGACUCGCAUAGAGGGAGUUUAUCGGACUGCCAUAAGUGUAAGGACUGCAGUGGGCGGAGCUAAGUGGAAGCUGGUGACCAUAUAAGUACUGAAGAGGGAGGAGUCAAAGGACUUGAGUGUUAAGCUAAAGUCAAGAGAGCUGCACAAUUGUACGAUCAUGGGCUUCACUUCUUAUGACGAGCACUAGACGGCUGCGUACAAGAACUUACGGGAAAGAAGAUAACCCUGAAAAGUUAUUUUUUUAUUAUCCACUAGGGGACGUAUUGUUUGUGUAACCUUUAGACCAAGGAGGACAACAUUUGUUUCUCUCAGUUUGGCUCGAGUUAGAUGGAUGAAUAAGGAACGAUGAAAGAAGAAUUUUUGUUGUUAAAGAAAAACUGUUGAAGUAAAGAUAGUUUGCUUAGCAUUUUAGCCUUUUUUGACGUCGGAGUUGCACAACGUUGGGACAUUUUAAGACUUUUUUUCUGGAAGAAAACAAAAGUUUAAUUGAAUUCGUCUCAACUGCAGACAUUAAGUCAGCUGUUGUAUUUAGAAAUAAUCAACCAAUAAAAACCAACCACGGUACAGACCACUGGUCAAUCAGGAUUUCUGGUUUGGCCUUGAAAAUGAAUUCAGGGUACGAUGAGUUAAGCUAAACCCUAAACAAAAAUAUCAGUUCUAUUUUUUUUUUUUACCACAGUAUUUAUAAUUCUAUACGCCGCCAAAUUUUAGUUUUAUGAUGUAGAAGCUUUAAUUUGAAGCUCUGCAUUAUUUUUUACGAGAUUAGAUUUAUGAAUUUUUACGAACUGACUUCGCACCACUUGUGUGUUUUUACUUCCUGUGAACAAUCAUGACAUCACAACUGCUUGAUCAUGUGACCGAAGCAACCAAAAACCCACUUAAAAAGUGACUUUCUCUUUCUGUGAUUUUUUUUUUUUAAACCAUGUAUGAUUUAUUUUCGUUUGUAAUACACCCUGCAUUGACGUUGCUGCAUUUCUCUAUAUUUUUCUGUGCACGACGUCAGAGCAGGAAAUGCCUCUUGCAGAUUAAGUGCACAUAGACUCUUCAGAAAUGUUGGAAAUAAAUUUCAAACCAAUGUCAAAA